UUGUAGAUCAUGAUUAGUCGAUUAUGUCUUUUGAUAUUGCUCUUUAAUGGAAUAUAUACAGGUUUCUGUUUAACAGGCUUUGGCUGAUGAACAAUUUGAUCUUCUUAGUUCUUAUGUACUUUUCCAAGCAUGCCAACAUUGCUCUAGCAUGUGACUUUUCUUUUUUGGUUAUAACUGCCUUGUCUGAUAAGCAUAGGCUAAAUUGCUGAAAAUGAACUUUAUAGAGUUAACUGCAAUGUGAUGAGCCUCAUGUUUACCAUGAGCAUACAUUAAAGGUCCUAUAUUGAAACAUAUAGGUAUCUUGGGGAAAAAGUUUGCUUACACUGUUACACCGACCUUAACCAUGGAUUUUCAAAAUGAAAAGUGGCCUCUUAAGCUUUGUAGCAAUGACAUCUCACCCCCUUCACCACUCCAACGCGAGUUUUCAAUAUUUCCCCAUGUAAGAAAAACAUGAACCUUGAGCACCUUCUUUGCUUUUUAUAUAUUGCCAGAAAAUUCUUCGAACUCUUCCUAUGCUUCAUGGAAUGAUGCGGCUAUCGAAUGUUGUGAUUCUAUUCUUUGUUUUCUCAAUACUGCUCAUGAAAGUACAGGGAAAUUCUACAGCUGAAAGGGCGCAACAGAACAACACAAAUGAAGGCGGUGGCUUAUCUCCAUCUUCUCCAUGGCUAAAGAAAAUAACAAACCACGAUCCCCGGCCACGACCUCCAGGUUGCUGGAAGAGGUCAUGGAUAUGCAAGCAGGGACAGCAACCAGGAACCCGGAUGCGCUGUUGCAAGAAUCAAUGUGUUGAUAUCUUAUCUGAUGUGAACCAUUGUGGUUUAUGUGGAAUUAGAUGCCCAUUUACCAGGCGAUGCUGUAAGGGAUUCUGUGUCAAUACAAACUUUAACCCUUUUCACUGUGGCAGAUGUGGAAAUCGUUGCCCUUGGCGAGUCCGGUGCUUGUAUGGCAUGUGUGGUUACGCUCAGUCAUCGCCUCCUCGACCUUGCCCGCCUCCCUCUCCUACGCCUCCUCAGACAUGGCCGCCUCGAAUCCUGGAAAACUGAUCUGCUAGCUGCAAUGAGUUGGGAUUGUUUUGUGUUCCUUCAACAAGUCUUUUAACUUUUGAGUCUCUUGACUAGUUUUCUGUUAUCUGUGUGUCAUGUCCCUUGCUUGGAUUUCCUCAUAUGUCGAGCUGUGUGUAAAUUGGUAUAUACUAGCAAAGAUGAUUCAUAUUAUCCACCUGAAACGAUUGUACUGGUCUUGUUUGUUAUACAUAUGCUUAUAUUACAAAGGAAUAUCAGGUUUCUUCUAAUCC